AGUUGCCUGAAUGAAAACACAGGAGCGACGCCACCAUCAGUGAAGCAGCGUUGUGGCGAUAAAAUCGACUGCAACCUUCCUCUGCGGGCUUUCUUAUCGGGUGUCAGCGGUGUAAACCUUCGAUCAGCUCUGUGUGUGCUGGACGUGACAGAGCAGCAUGGACGCGCGGAAAGUGUCAGAGUUGAAGGGCUUCGUGCAGAUGUGCGAGUCCAAUCCUGAUAUCCUGCACCUGCCUGAGAUGAGCUUCCUCCGGACCUGGUUGCAGAGCAUGGGUGCAACGAUCCCUCCCCUACGUAAGACAGGAGAUAGAUGCCAGGGCGGUUGUCCCUGUGGUCCUCCCCCGACAGCGGCUUCGCAUCCUGAGCCUGAGCCUCCUGUGCUGUCUGAGAGCGAGGAGAGUGAUUUAGAAAUUGACCAAGAGGGAGUGAUCGAACCAGAUACCGAUGAACCACAGGACAUGGGAGCGACUGAUGAUGUUGAGGUCACAGAGGAGAUGAUGGACCAGGCCAAUGAGAAGAAGAUAGCAGCUAUUAAUGCUCUAGGAGAAGGGGAUCUGCAGAAAGCUCUGGAUCUGUUUACAGAAGCCAUCAAGCUGAACCCUUGUGUAGCCAUCAUGUACGCCAAGAGGGCAAGUGUUUUCAUCCAGAUGAAGAAACCCAACGCAGCCAUCAGAGACUGUGACAGAGCCAUCAGCAUCAACCCAGACUCUGCACAGCCGUACAAGUGGAGGGGAAAAGCUCACAGGCUGCUGGGCCACUGGGAGGAGGCAGCCAGGGACCUGGCCACAGCCUGUAAACUGGAUUAUGAUGAGGACGCCAGUGCGAUGCUGAAGGAGGUCCAGCCGAGGGCUAAUAAAAUCAUGGAGCACAGACGCAAAUACGAGCGCAAGAGGGAAGAGAAGGACAUCAAGGAGAAACAGGAGCGGUUAAAGAAAGCCAGAGAGGAGCAUGCACGAGCUCAGAGGGAGGAGGAAGCCAGACAAUUUGGUGGAGGAUUUUUCCCAGGUCCUGCUGGAUUCCCAGGCGGAGCCCCUCCUGGCAUGCCUGGUCUCGGUGAACUCUUGAAGGAUCCUGAGGUGCUCAACGCCAUGAAGGACCCCGAGGUGAUGACUGCCUUCCAGGAUGUAGCACAGAACCCGGCCAACAUCGCCAAGUACCAGAACAACCCCAAAAUCAUGGCCCUCGUCACCAAGCUGAGUGCCAAAUUCGGAGCUCCACCACAGCCGUAGACGGGACAGGACCGGACCAAAGCGGAGAGGAGAAGGGGGGGAACGGAUGCGUGGUGAAACAAUCUGGAGAGCCACAACGCUUUUCAACAAUUAUUCCACUGUGUGCAGAUCAGACAGGGAAGCAGGCGACAGGUUAAUCGAUGUGAUGUAGAGAAACUGGGGCAACUUUUAAAAUGUUCUUAAUCAGCCCGUCAGCACUUAACAAUGUCUCAACAAAGCAACCCGAUGGUUAGGAAUCAUGUCUUUAUAUUUAGACGACCCCUCUGACUCGUCUCAGACAGGACUUAACCACAAGUUGACAUUUCUUAACCUGUAUCUGGAAACGCUUAACUGGGAGCUCCUGCGCUAAGACGCUAGCUAACAAACAUUUUUACAGCCAUUUAAUAAGUGAGAAUGGUUUAGCUACCUGUCUUUUCUUUCUCUGAACAGAGCUGAACUCACACAAUGUUGGAACUUUUUGUCAUCAGUUCUGUUAUUAUAAAUGCAAAAAAGUUACUUAUUAUGAUGUCUGACCCUGUUGGAAAAAUGAUUCACAAUAAUAAAACCUCUGUUGCUGUAAAGCAGGUUUGACAUUCA